AUGGCAUCAGAAGCAGACAUAGAUGAUGAAAUCGCCGAUCUCAAGGCGCGAGUCGAGACGCUCAGGGGCCAAGUCUGCCUCCAGGCCAGCGUCCUUCUCACAACAGACUCCGCCCGCCAUGCUAUCACAUCAGACACCAGCGCACAGGAUCUACAGGAACGCCUGGAGAAGCAAAUAGCUUACGACCAGCAUUGUCUCUAUCGUGCUUGCGCCGGGAUCACCACCUUCCGCGUGCGCGAUCCCGACCCAAACGCCGUCGACGGCGGCAACGUUCUGGGCGUGCGCAUCGAGGUCAUGACCCGGUCCAAGUUCCUCCGGCCUUACUUCGUGCUACUUAACCGCCCUUACUCAGGAAACGAGCAGAGAAAACGAUUUCUACGGGUGCAUCGCCACACCGUCCCACCGUGUAUCCCGCUCAGUGGCCUGGCGGCGCGGUACCUGCCUGCCCCAAAGCCGAUAAGGUCCGAAGGUGAGAAUGGUGAGGCCAUUCCGGAGAAGCGUCAAGACCUCUCGCGCUUCGUGCGAUGUCUGCGCCGAGACAUCGUGCGGUACCACAACCGCGUGUCCGUCAUCGCGGACCUGCGUAGGGCGGUGGGUCUGGACGGCAAGCGGAGGGACGCAGAAGAGCUGGCGGAGAGCAGCUCGCUCCUGGCAAUCAGUGCGGCGGACACCGAGGCAAAACAGGUCAGGAUUGACUGGAAGGACGGCCGGUCAGGGCGGCUCGUCAUUGGGGAUGACGGCGACGUGGUCAAGUUGGUCGUGUUCGGGGACAUGGGCCGGGAUCGCGAGCUGACCCGGGAGCUGCUCAGUGACGGUUCGCGAUUGGAGGAUGUUGCGCGCAAACUGGGCUCUGUGUGA